CACAGUUCGAUUUUCAGUACGGAGUAUGAAUUUUAGAAAACAAAACACAUCUGUUUAAUGAAAACCCAUUAUGGCUCUCGUUGUUUUUCAAUGUGUUCUUGUGGUAUUGUGCUUCAUAACUUUGUUAAACAACAACUUGGCUCCGCCAAUUAGAACUGCAAAAACCAACAAAAAAAUGUGAAAUAGUUCUUUCUUUAAUUUAUUAAUUAAUACUUAGGUGUAAAAAAAUAUUCAAACACUCUUUUUAUAUAAAAAAUAUUAUACUCGUAUCAAUCAUUGUCUAACUACUAUUUCAAAUUUAAUUUUUCAGGUGGGUGCAAAAAACAGGGGAAAAAAUUGGAGCUUACACUAUCGUGGAUGUGGAUGUUCCAAUGCUUGCUGGAUUGGCUAAUACCGAUGGACCUCUCUAUCUAGAGAACAGCCGACCUCUUUCAAAUCGAUGAAACUGAUAGCGAUUCUGAAAGCUCACAGUGUCUUUAGAGCAUUGCGUCAAACGGUUGUCAUAUCUCCUCCCAAUGCUAAACUUCAUUUCAGUUUCUGCACCCAAUUUCCAACUUCAUCUCUCGGUUCAGAAACAGAGGAUGUGCGUAAUGCAUUCAAAGAAGAAAGUGAAGAAGAAGAAGAAGAUAAAGAAUCAGAAUUAAAGAGCUUGAGUUGGAGGAUAGAAAACUUGCCCAGAGCAGAGCCGGUUGGGCCAGCUUUCCAAAGCUGGAUGGGCGAUGGCCUCCCCAUCCACAGAGGCCAUAUCUUCCAUACCAUAAACCGCUUACGCAGGCGCAACUCCACAAAACGCGCUCUGGAGGUGAUGGAAUGGGUUAUAAGGGAGAGGCCAUACACGCCAAAGGAGCUGGAUUAUUCGUAUUUAUUGGAAUUCACUUCUAGAUUUCAUGGAGUAUCUCAAGCUGAAAGUUUGUUCUCUCGGAUCCCCUCCAAAUUCCAAAAUGAUUUACUCUACAAUAAUCUAGUGCUUGUUUGCAUGGAAAGAGGGAUGAUCAGACUCUCAUUAGCAUACAUGAAGAAAAUGAGAGAGCUUGGCCAUCAGAUAACACAUCUAGUUUUUAACCGGCUUAUCAUUCUCCAUGCUUCCCCUGGACGAAGAAAAUGUAUACCGAAAAUCCUAACUCAGAUGAAAGCCGACAAGGUGACUCUGCAUGUUUCCACCUUUAAUAUUCUGCUAAAGAUUGAAUCUAAUGAUCACAACAUUGAAGGCUUGCUCAAAGUGUUUAAUGAUAUGAAGCGAUUUAACGUUCAACCUAAUGAGGUAACGUACUGCAUUUUAGCCACUGCCCAUGCUGUGGCAAGGCUGUAUACAGUGUGUGAAGCUUAUGUUGAAGCUAUUGAGAAGUCUGCAACUGGUAAGAACUGGUCUACAUGGGACAUUCUUGUUAUAUUGUAUGGGUAUUUAGGGAAACAAAAGGAGCUGGAGAGAACAUGGGGAAUCAUCCAAGAACAUCGCCAGGUUAAGUCUAAGAGUUUCAUGUUGGUUAUUGAAGCAUUUGGGAGGAUUGGAGAUUUAAACAGAGCCGAAGGACUAUGGUUGGAAAUGAAAUCAGAAAAGGGUUUGAAAUCAAUUGAUCAGUUCAACUCGAUGAUAGCAGUGUACUGUCAGCAUGGUUUGGUGACAAAAGCUACUAUGUUGUAUAAAGAGAUGGGGGUAUGUGGGUUGAAAUCAAAUUCCAUAACUUUCCGGCAUCUUGCUUUAGGUUGCUUAAAAGCCGGACUAAUGAAGGAAGCCAUGAAAACUCUGGACCUGGGGAUGGAUAUGACUACAAGCAUAAAGGUCAAAAGGUCGACUCCGUGGUUAGACACUACUUUGACAAUAAUUGAAGUUUUGGCAGAUAAUGGGGAGCUCAAAAUGGUAGAGAAGUUGUUUGAAGAACUGAAGAAAGCAAAAUAUACAAGGUACACAUUUGUGUACAAUGCAUUGAUUAAGGCAUAUGUGAAGGCAAAUGUUUAUGAUCCCAAUCUUCUAAAAAGGAUGGUGUUAGGAGGGGCCAGGCCAGAUUCUGAGACUUACAGUUUACUAAAGCUCAUUGACCAAUUCAAAACUUGACGCUAAUAAUUGUCGGUGCAUGUUUUCAUCUGUCACUCAUGUUAUUUAUCUUCCGUUUUUGGGUGAUUGCAUUGCUAAUGGAACAAUUGCUAAUACAUAUUAUGUUCCACCUUUACAUAUUACAUUGCUGACAGAAUUAUAUAUUUUGUUUUUGCUGAGAGAAAUAUAUUUUGAAGUGAAAGUUUGCUAUUGAAAAUUUGAAACGUUUGGAAGGAGUGGAUAUCCUAUUAAAGAUAUUACAUUGGACCGUUUAGUUUAUAUUUUGGGCUUAUCCCUUGUUUUAU